UUCCCGUCCUGCCCGUGGGGAAUAGCGCGGGCGGCUGUCAUGGCGGCGCGCCGAGGUUGGUGCGGAGGAAAGGGCCCGUUUCUAGCUUUGGCCUCCGGCGUGACGUUGCUGAAACUGCUCCUCAUUCCGACAUAGAGAGGAGUGAGUGCUAACUUCCUACAGAUUGUAGUGUAAAGCAUUUUUCUCGAGGUUUUCUGCUGGAAUGGAAGUAGUCCUCGACUUUACAACCACAAUUGAGCCCCCAACUUUUUGGUUGCUCGUUGGAAACUCUGGGCCUCUGCUGGCUCUACAGACUAAUGCAGCCUGUUAUUAACAGCAGCUGCUUGCAAUUACUGCAAGUUCAAGCCCCACCAGGCCCAAGGUUGACUCAGCCUUCCAUCCUUUAUAAGGUAGGUAAAAUGAGGACCCAGAUUGUUGGGGGCAAUAAAAGUUGACUUUGUAUAUAAUAUACAUAUGGAUGAAGACUAUUGCUUGACAUGGUGUAAGCCGCCCUGAGUCUUCGGAGAAGGGCGGGAUAUAAAUUCAAAUAAACAAAAAAAAAAAAAGUUGUUCCGGGAAUUUUGACAUCAUUUCUUGCCACAGUUGUUAAGUAAAUCGCUGCGGCUGUUAAAUGAGUCACAUGGUUGUUUAAAAGAAUCUGGCUUCCCCGUUGGCCUUUGCUUGCAAGAAGGUCGCCAAAGGGGGUCACAUGACCGUCGUAAAUGUGAGUCAGUGGCCAAGCGUCUUUGAAUUUUGAUCACGGGGAUGCUGCAAUGGUCGUAAGUAUGGAAAACGAUCAAAAGUCGCUUUUUUUUUCAGUGCUUUGAACAGUCACUAAAUGAACGGUUGUAAGUCGAGGACUACCUGCAUGAACUAUUUAGUCCUAUUCUCUAUAGUUAACCUGCUUAGUGAAUGAAUUAACCCAAAUCUGCACAAUGAUCCAUAGAUUUAAAAAGUGGAUGAUCUACACAUAUAGGGUAGAUUAGCCAUAGUGGCGCAGUGGUUAGAAGGUAGUACUGCAGGCUACUUCUGCCGGCUGCCUUCAGCUCGGCAGUUCGAUCCUGACCGACUCAGGGUUGACUCAGCCUUCCAUCCUUCCAAAGUCAGUAAAAUGAGGACCCAGAUGGGGGUGCAAAAUUCUUGGAAAUGCUGAAAGGAUUGUGUUGUGUAGCUGUGCAGGAUGUUUCUUCAGCUGCACUAACUCAGUCCUUUCAGCAGUUCCAAGAAGGCUUCACAUCCAUUUGCACCACUCAGGUGACCCUGAGGACACAGAUAAACAGUGUUUAUCUAUGAUAGAUAGCAAUGUUCCAAUAUCUCACGGGUUGCCACAAAGAAGAGGGAGUCGGGCUGUUCUCCAAAGCACCUGAGGGUAGAACAAGAAGCAACGGGUGGAAACUAAUCAAGAAGAGAAGCAACUUAGAACUAAGGAGAAAUUUCCUGACAGUUAGAACAAUUAAUAAGUGGAACGACUUGCCUGCAGAAGUUGUGAAUGCUCCAACACUGGAAAUUUUUAAGAAAACGUUGGAUAACCAUCUGUCUGAGAUGGUGUAGGGUUUCCUGCCUGGGCAGGGGGUUGGACUAGAAGGCCUCCAAGCUCCCUUCCAACUCUGUUGUUGUUGUUGUUGUUAUUAUUAUUAUAAACCUCCAAGUGGCCUCAAGGACUCUUUAAAAAGGACGCAAAUGACCAGCUGUCUACAAGGAGGAUCAAUUCUUCCAUUCCCCACCAUCCGGUCAGAGCUGAAGAAGCUUCUUGGAUGAGAGAACAAGAAAGUCCAGUUGCCUCCAAAAAAAAUACCUCUGGGACAACCAUGACCUCAAUGAACUGAGAAUCUCCGUAGAUCUCUAUCUGGAUACUAACUGUUAACUCCUUGUAGUCAUUCCACAGAUUUUGAAGUGCACAGGAACUGGCUUGCCAUUACUCAUAGCCUACCAGCCUCUCAGUGGUACUACGAGGCAACUUCUGAGUGGACUUUGGAUUACCCUCCCUUUUUUGCCUGGUUCGAGUAUAUGCUUUCCCAUGCUGCUAUGUACUUUGACAAAGAGAUGCUGUCCAUUCAGAACCUCAACUAUUCCAGCCAAAUGACCGUUCUUUUCCAAAAGCUAUCGGUGAUCGCUACCGAUACGCUCUUCAUCUACGCUGUGUACCAAUGCUGCAGUUGUGUAAACGGGAAGCGAGGUGCAAAAGAUCCCUUGGAAAGCCCACCGUUUGUUCUCUCGGUCCUUCUCCUGUGGAAUUUUGGUCUCUUAAUAGUGGAUCAUAUUCACUUCCAAUACAAUGGUUUCCUGUUUGGAUUGCUACUGCUUUCCAUUGCACGAGUAUUCCAGAAAAGAUACUUGGAGGGAGCGUUUCUCUUCGCUGUCCUCCUGCAUUUCAAGCACAUCUACCUCUACGUAGCCCCAGCCUACGGCAUCUAUCUACUCCGAUCUUACUGCUUCGCCCAAAAUCAUCCAGAUGGAUCUCUUCGGUGGCGCAGUUUCAGUUUUCUACGUGUGAUCGUGCUUGGAUUAAUUGUCUGCCUCGUUUCUGCCGUUUCCCUGGGACCAUUUUUGGUUUGGGGUCAGCUUCCUCAAGUCAUCUCUCGCCUCUUCCCUUUCAAACGGGGCCUCUGCCAUGCAUACUGGGCCCCAAACGUUUGGGCGGUGUAUAAUUCCUUUGACAAAAUAUUGUCGGUCCUUGGACUGAAGUAUCAAUUGCUUGACCCUGCAAAAAUACCCAAGGCGGCCAUGACAGGAGGGCUGGUUCAGGAAUUUCAGCACACCGUCCUUCCUUCUGUGACCCCACUGGCAACUUUAUGCUGUACCGCCAUCUCAAUGCUGCCUUCUGUUUUCUGUCUUUGGUUUAAACCCCAAGGGCCCAGAGGAUUCCUCAGGUGCUUGGUUCUCUGUGCGCUAAGCUCCUUCCUGUUCGGUUGGCACGUCCACGAGAAAGCCAUUCUCCUCGCCAUUCUUCCCUUGAGCUUGCUGUCUGUGGAGAAGUCAAGAGAUGCUGGUAUCUACCUAAUAUUGUCCACUACGGGUCAUUUUUCCCUCUUCCCACUGCUGUUUACUGCACCAGAGCUGCCCAUUAAAAUACUGCUGAUGCUCCUCUUUUCAGUGUACAGUUUCUCAUCCCUCAAGGCCCUGUUCAGGAACGAGCCUCUGCUUAACUGGCUGGAAGCAGUCUACCUCAUUGGGCUGAUACCCAUAGAAAUCAUCUGUGAAAUUGUGUUCCCUUUUACGUCCUGGGCUCAAAAACUGCCUUUCCUGCCUUUAUUGCUCACCUCGGUGUAUUGUGCUUUCGGCAUCAUUUAUGCCUGGCUCAAGCUCUACAUCUCGGCCUUCACAGGACGAUCGGAAGGCAAAUCAAAGAAAGAAUAAUGAUUGUGUAUCAUGGGCUUCCAAGCCCUCGAGGAUCAUUCCCAAAAAGUUCACAACCGCAACAGGUUCCAGCGUGGGAUGUCCUGUCCAACUCCAGAAAUGGAACUUGGGGACCUGAAACUAAUCAGGAAGUAAUCAGGUUUUUAAACCAGUGCGACGUGAAUGCAAUAUUGGUUAUUUCCAUAAUUGGUGCAGCAAGAAAAAGAUAAAACGUUUUUGCUUGUUUUUCUUUUAAAUAAUUCCAAAGGCCGUAGGGAUGUGUGAAUACAAAUACAGAGGGAAUGGGGUUUGAUGACAUGGAUUGAAGGAGAUAAUUAUUUAAAAUUUAAAUAGGCACAUUCGAUGUAACUGAAUGUGUAAUAUAUAUAUAUAUACAUAUAUAUGUAGGUCUUUGGUUAUUCAGGUUUUCUCCCACGUAAAAUUGGAAGUGUCUUGGCGACGUUUCAACGAAGUCUCAUUCAUCAUCUUCAGGCUGGUGGUGUCAGCUUCGUGCUUCUAGGAGCAGUGUGUGAUCGCAGCUGUUUCUUCCUUUUAACUGCUAGUGGGGGUUUGAACUGAUUGGUUGGGGGUUUGGCUGUGCUCUGAUUGGAUGGUGGGGUUGUCUGUGCUCUGAUUGGAUGGGGGUUCGUUCUGUUUGGGGGGGGCUUGGUUGUGUUCAGGUUAGUCUGAGUUGCAGGGGGAUUUGAGUUGGUGAGCUGCUUUGCUGUUUGGCUUCGUGGUCGUGCUACAUCUUCAUGGUGGGUGUCAGUCUGCUGCAUGUAUGGAUUGGAGGGGUUUGGAAUGGCUAAUGAUGCAGCUGCGGUCUGGCUUCUGGUCCGUGGCCGUGCUUCAUCAUCAGUGUGGGUUUGAGUCUGCUUUCUGCGUGGAUGUGUGGUGGUGACAUGCUGUGUGGCACUCGUGAGUGUGGGUCUUGCAUCAUUCUUCAUGUUAGGGUCUCGUUUGUCAAGGGUAGGUUUCCAAAUGGCUGGUAGGCGGGAGGUAUCAUCUCGUUUAUUCAUGCUGUGUGGGCGUUUUUCUAUCGAUAGCUUCUCGAAUAAUCACACACUGCUUCGUGCUAUCAAGCACGAAGCUGAUAACACCAGCCUGAAGAUGACGAAUGAGACUUCGUCGAAACGUCGCCAAGACACUUCCAAUUUUACGCGGGGGGAAAACCUGAAUAACCAAAGACCUACAUACAAACACCCGCGAAAACCUCAGAAAACAUACAUACACACAAACACACACAUACACACAUAUAUUUGAAUUAUAAGGAAAAAUAUUUGUAAAUUUAAGAGAUGGACUUUGCACAUACCCCCCAAAAAAGGGGCACACGCUGAAUUCCCUAACUAUUGCAGAACCACCGUUCUCUAGAAAAAGUUACUAUCAUGCAAUGCAAAAAUAUAAAAAUAAAAAUGUGAAUAAAGGAUUCCUUUUUGUAUCUGU